AUGACCGUAGACAAACGGGUACUUCUCCUUCUCGAUGUCCAGGCUUGUAACCUGUGUGACCCACCGAAAGGUGCACCAUCCGCGCCGCUUUUGCGCACAAACAUCUUCACUGUGUUGACUAUUGCAAGGAAUGCCAGACCGCCUCCGCGCAUUAUCCAUGUACGCAAUUGCGGCGAGCUUGGAGACCCUGACGAACCGAAAGCUCCAGGAUGGCAGCUUUUCUUCCCUCCACUAGUGCAGGAACAUGUUGUGGACAAGUUGAAAAACAACGCUUUUGCGGGUACCAGGUUGGCAGAGCUUAUCCCACCAGAGGCGGAGAUUGUGGUUGCUGGAUUGGGGUCGGAUUUCUCGGUGAGAGCUACGUGCAGCGUGGCGCUCGACCGAGGUAAUGAAGUGAUAUUGAUUAGGGGCGCACAUGGGACAUAUGACCGAGUGGAAGUGCUUCAUGGAGGAGGAAUAACACCUGCUUUCAGGAUAGAGGCAGAAGUAGAGGAUGAAUUGGAGGAAGCAGGUGUGCUGGUUCUGGACAUGAAGGAUGUCCCAGGAAUUUUCACGGAUCGAUGA